AUGCCGACAAUUCAUAUUGUAAAAAAACUAUUUCAUAAUUACAUCAUGGAUGUACCAGAAUUAUUUAGGUCAAUAAAUUUAUGGAGUUUUGUAUGGGAAACAAUUGGAAACGCAUCAAUGGCUUACGAUAUAACAUCCAAUUGGAAUGGAACUAAAUCAAAUGAUGACAAUGAGUUUAAUCUUUUUGAAAAUCCCGCCAAAUUGGGAAUACUUACAGGAUUAUUAAUAGCUCUGUAUGCUGAAUCUGAAUUUUUUCCGGCGAAGUUUGACAAUUACAUAGAGUCGAAAUUAAAAAAUAUUGCCUUUAUGAUACUAAACAUAAGUUUCUUUUUAAUAAUCGCCCCUUUUAUUGCCGCAGCAUUGACUGUAUUUUUUAUUUACCGCCAAAUUAUUAAAUUGAUUUUAAAAAUUACCAUGGGGAGAAAAUUCGCGGGCUUAUUGGAAGGAACUGAUUGCGUGUGGGCUAUAGAAGAUUCAUCAGCUUUGUCAGUUAUAAAUGUCCUCGGCGUUUUAGAAUUAGACUCACUGAGCACCAAUAGUGUGAAUAUUAUUGAAGACUUUAGAACUUUGAUCAAAAAUCGUUUGUUAUCAAAAAAUUAUGAUAAACUAUUUUGGGCGCGUGAAAAAAAAUAUGGAUAUUGGUUUUGGAAAAUAAGUGAUGACAUAAAUUUAAAAGAACGUGUACGCUGGCUAGAUAUUGAUCAUAAUAAAUGUAAUGGAACUUGUAAUGAUGUUUAUGGAGGAUAUUUAAAAGAAAUAAUUUCACGCGUAAGUAAUAAACCACUUCCGGAAAAUCAUUCUGCCGGAUGGGAAAUUUUGAUUGGACAAAAUUGUCAGUCUUAUGAAUUUCAAAAAGUUGAUGAGGAUAUAAAUAAUAUUGAAUUAAAAAGAACUGUUACUCUAGUGUUUCGGGUUCAUCACUGUCUUGGAGAUGGUGUUGCUCUAUUGAGACUUUUACUGGAAAGAAAAAUGUUAAAAAUUAUUACGGCGUUAAUACUAAUACCGAAUUGUCUUUGGCGACAAGCUUGUCUCAGUAUGGAUGACAGUGCUCUUCAUGGUCCAGCCUUAAGUGGAGAUAAAAAAAUUUCUUGUUGGAUGGAAGAGGAUUUUAAAGACAACCAAAAUGACAGUCUUCUUGCAAAAAUAAGAGACAUUAAAAAUCUAACAGGUACAAGAUUUAGUGACGUGAUUCUCGCUUCUCUGUCAGCAAAUAUGCAUAAAUAUUUCUGGAAGAUUGGCGAAACAGCGCCGAAAAAUUUGACAGUAGUAAUUCCGACGAGAAUGACAGCGCCAAGUCAAAAACUAACUUUUAAAAAUCGUUUUUCUGUUGGACUGUUGCCUCUUUGUAUUUCUGAAGUUAAUGGAAUUUACUGUGGUCAUCCAGCUGAUGAUCCUAGAAAAUUACUUGAUCGUUUACGUGACGUAUCAAAGUCUUAUAGAAAAUUACGAAGUGAUUCAGAUUAUUUAGUUAACUACUGGGUAAUGACAUGGCUGUCAGCUGCAUUACCUGAAGCACUUCUCAGGCCGUUUCUUAAAAGUCACAGUACUAUGGUUUUCAGUAAUUUGCCAGGACCACAAGCGGUGGCUAUUUUAGGUCAUACAUUAAAAAAAAUUUCAUUUUGGAUUCCUCAUAGGGGAACAACGGGUAUAGGUUUUUCAUUCUUAACAUACGAUAGCAAUGUUCAUCUUUCAUUGAUAGCUGAUGAAGCUCUGGUAACUGAAGGAAUGAAUCUUGAUGACAUUCUCAAAGGAACUGUCAAUGACAUCAAAAGACUUCAUGACAACAUUACACUACCUUGUUUCGCGAAAUCAUAUUUAAAUAACGCAGAUGCACCCAUGGAAAUAGAUUUCGGUGUGCAGUAA